AGAGAGUGGAGAUUAUCAAUUUAAAUGCAAAUUUUGUAUAAGAAUGGUUGAUUAAUAGAUUAAUGACUCAAAGUCCUCCACCAAUAUCUCCUGUCAACUGCUAGAUGCUCAGCUGCUGGAGGUGGGAUUGACCGGUCGGCUCAAGAGUCUCAUACCGGGUCAACAUAAACCUGAGUGCACGAGAUCAGGCGGUGAGAUGAUUUUACGACUUGAUUUAACAGCCUACAGAGUGCAGCCUUUCAAGUCCUAUAAGCUCUGUUUAAUCUUGCCUCGAAGCCAUUACAACUCAAAUUUCUGCUCACCCCUCUUCUCCGUUGAGCACUAUAUUCCGUACAAAAUAAAACAAAAGAAAGAAACCACAACUCCUGAUAGUAUUGCAGAUACAAUCAUUACUGAGAAUAUCAGGGAAACAGACAGCUUGGACAGAAGCGUGCAUGUAACCACAUCAGCUGUUCUAGAAGAAAGCACAACUGAAGAAAGCAAGACUGAGAAAGUUACAACCGAGUCUCCUGAUUGGCUGGAGGGAUUCCCAGAGCAGAAAUCAGAGACAUCUAGCAUCAGAUCAAAGAUUUUACUUCCAUCAAUGAAAACCGGUGAAAUUAUAAAUGAAAAAGUGCCGGAGUCAAGUUCUAAAUACUUCCAAGAGCAACCAAGAAGUAGCAGGAUAAAAGAGCAGUUAAUACUUCCUGCCGGAUUGGAAGUAUCUGACGACUUUUAUGAUUAUAUGGGAGAUAUGGAAAGUAAAGCUGCUUUGAAGUCUGGUCGUCUUCCUUCAAGUUUAUCCAGUUCAGCAAGACCAAUAUCAAUAUCUCUGCCUUUUAUCACUUUAAUCUCAUUCUUUUAUAUUUAUUUAUGAAUAAAGAACAUAUGUGCCUGGUACAAAUAAAUAUAUGAAAAUCUA